AUGGUAAUAGUAGCAAAGAACGUUGAUGUAACCGCCAGUACCUUUAAUAGCAUUGAUAACAAUUCUGUUGACUAUAACAGUGUUAAUAGAACUAUGAUACAAGAUACUACUAGUGUUAAUUUUUGUACAACAACAACAACAACAACUAGGUCGAAACAACUGGAAGAAAAUAUUUUAGGAGCCCAAUGCACUGAUUUAUCUGAAAUUCUUAAACAAUGGCGAAAUAAAAUAAUUGUACAGAAUGUAGGAAGAAAGAAUUUUUUAGAAAGUAAUGUAGAAUUAGUAAAUAUGGAUGAAACAGAAUUAGAUUCGAGGACUAUUCCUAUGGGGGAUCACAAAGUCAGUUAUCCAUAUCCUUUCAUAGAUGAUAUUCAUCCUUAUUUUUGCGACGAUUUUUUACCUAUAAAUAAACCGCACCAUAGACUUGUUAGAAAUUUAAAAUCAAUUAGUUACGAAUCCAAUUUAAGAUCGAAUCGUAAGAAAUCGAAAAGGGCAAGGAGAUCGUCGAAUUUAUUUUUUCGUGGUAAGAGAAGAAGAUCGAAUCAUAGUUCUAUGUUCAGUGAAGAUUUUAAAUUUCGAAAUGAUUGGAACAAGACAUUUUUAUUAACAAGAUUAUUAGAACUGCCAUUUUUAAAAAGUACUACAAGGAGAAAUGUGGACCUACAGCAAAUUUUACGAUUACCAGUCACCCAGAAAACAGUUGGUUUCGUUAAGAAAAGAAGAAAACGAGAUAUUAGAAGGAGAAGAGAUAUUGAAACGACUAAUACAAUUACUGAGCAUAAGGAAGUGACCGCAUAUGUCGAUGCGUUAAAUAUCCUUACGACAGGAACACCGCAUGUUGAGUCACAGUUAACAUACAAUACUGAAUAUCAACAUGAAAUAGAUAUUUUACAAACAACCCUGAGUUGGGUAGAUCAGCAUCUACUUAGCACAACUAUGGUCCCAACUACAUUAGAAACAUUUUUGGCAAGUGAAGAUGAAUCGACCGAAGAACCUGAGGAAUUUCAUGAUAAGGAAUAUGAAGAAGAUUAUAAGGAAUCGUACGAUUAUGAUGAUGUAGAAUCUACUACAGAAUCUCCGGGAUGGUAUGAAUACGAAGAUACAACGACUACCACAAAAGAGAUUACCACAACUACGAUGCUUCCAAUUGUAACUGUAACAAAUAUUUUAACAACUACUUUAAUGUCAACAACUACAACAUCUACCACGACCGUAGCUCCAACAACAAAAGUUGAAACUGCAAUUGAAAAAAUUAUAACUACGCCUUUAACAACAACAUUAGAAACUACUACUGAAGAAAGUAUAACCACAAUAUUAACAACAUCAGAAGCGACGACUAUGGAAUCUACUGUUUUACCUAUUACCACAAUCACAGUAGUACCAACCACCACUUUAAUGGCUACUACUAAAGAAAAAACAACUGCAACAACGGAAUCAGUUGAAGUACCCACAACUAUAACCAGGUUACUUACGACAAUACCAGAAACUACGACUAAAGAAAGCACAACUACAGAAGUAACAACAGUAACAGCAGAAUCAACAACGACUGCAUCUUCCACUACUAUGGUAAAACUAACUACACUUGAGGAAAGUACGACCAUUUCUUCAACAACCGUUGUAGAAGAAACAAUACAGGAACCAACUACUAGAAUUACUACAAUAUUGCCAACAACGAUAUCGAAAUUUACUACGGAAGAAACAACGACUGAAGAGACAGAAAUCACAACACAGAUAACAGAGACAGAGCAGACGUCUUCUACUAUUACAACUACAGUAGCUCCAACAACAAUAGCAAUAACUACCACUGCAAAAAUGGCUACUACUACCCCAACCAGGAGACCCACGACAUUACCAGCGACAACUACAAAGAAAAGUACCACUACGGCAAGAAGAACUACAUUUACAUCAGAGGAAACACCUACGGCAUCAACAGUACAACCCGCCACCACCAUACGCACAGUGUCACCAACAACAGUAACAACUACUAUAGAGGAAAGCACUACCGUAGCAACAACCACCACAACUGAAGUGGUUACGACAGAAUCGUCAACAUUUCCCACCACGAUUACUACGACAGAAAGAACAACUACGGAGCCCACUGUUGUGCCAACUACCCCAGUUACAACAGUUCCGACGACAGUAAAGACUACACGAACAGAAGCGACCAUGACAGAACUUACAAGGGUUGCAUCGACUUCGGUGGAAGUAACAACUACUAAAGAAAAGACAACGGCAAAACCCACUGUUCCAUCAACCACAACAACCAUUAAACCUGUAACAACAAUAGCAGUAACCACUAGUGCGGAAGAAUCAACUACAACAGCCGAAAUCACAACACCUGAAGAAAUAACGACAGAAUCCACGAAGACUGCUAUCACCACGUCCACAGAAGCAACAACAACUACUGAGAAGAGUACAACCACCACUAUUAUCACAACAAUUGAAGUCACAACCACGGAGCCUAAUACUCCUCCCACUACCACAACUACAGUAGCUCCGACAACAGGAACAGUUAGUAGUACUAUAGAAACUACCACUACAACUGAAAUUACGACAACAGAAUCCACAGAGCUAUCAACAACCACAGAUACAAAAGUUCCAACUACAGUACCAUCCACAACUACCGAAGAAUCGACAACUACUGAAUCUACUGUUGCACCUACUACCACAGUCACAAUAGCUCCAACUACGUUAAGAGCUACCACUUCUGUGGUAACUACUACUAGCGUAGCAACAAGCACAACGAAAACGACGACAACCGAAUCCACGAAAGCACCAACUGCUACUGUGAGAAAAGUUCCAACUACAGUACCAUCUGCAAGUACCGAAAAAUCGACAACGACGGCAGAGACAAUUACAGAAGCUACUGUUCCACCCCCUACCACCAUCACAGUAGCGUUGACUACAGUAAUAGCUGCCACAACUACUGAAACUACCAGUACCAUAGUACCAACGACGGCUGAAGUGACAACGACAUCUACAGAAGUUCCAUCCACGGUACCAGCUACUACUACUGCGGAGAGUACAUCUAGCAUAAUUACAACAACCACAGUAGAGGAAGCAAGUACAGAAGCUACCAUUCCACCCCCUACCACAAUCACAGUAGCUCCGACUACAGUAAUAGUUGCCACUACUACUGAAACUACCAGUACUAUAGCACCAACGACGACUGAAGUGACAACAUCUACAGAAGCUCCAUCCACGGUACCAGCUACUACUACUGAGGAGAGUACAUCUACAAUAAUUACAACAACCACAGUAGAGGAAACAAGUACGAAAGCUACCACUCCACCCCCUACUACAACCACAGUAGCUCCGACUACAGUAAUAGCUGCAACUACUACUGAAAUUACCAGUACUAUAGCACCAACGACGACUGAACUGAUAGCGACAUCAACAGAAGCUCCAUCCACGGUACCAGCUACUACUAUCGUGGAGAGAACAUCGACCAUAGUAACAACAACCACAGUAGAGGAAACAAGUACAGAAGCUACCAGUCCACCCCCUACCACCAUCACAGUAGCUCCGACUACAGUAAUAGCUACCACUAUUACUGAAACUACCAGUACCAUAGCACCAACAACGACUGAAGUGAUAAUGACAUCUGCAGAAGUUCCAUCCACGGUACCAGCUACUACUACUGAGCAGAGUACAUCUACCAUAAUUACAACAACCACAGUAGAGGAAACAAGUACAGAAGCUACCACUCCACCCCCGACUACAAUCACAGUAGCUCCGACUACAGUAAUAGCUACCACUACUACUGAAACUACCAGUACUAUAGCACCAACGACGACUGAAGUGACAACGACAUCUACAGAAGCUCCAUCCACGGUACCACCUACUACUACUGAGGAGAGUACAUCUACCAUAAUUACUACAACUACGGUAGAGGAAACAAGUACAGAAGCUACCACUCCACCCCCUACUACAAUCACAGUAGCUCCGACUACAGUAAUAGCUACCACUACUACUGAAACUACCAGUACGAUAGCACCAACGACGACUGAAGUGACAACGACAUCUACAGAAGCUCCAUCCACGGUACCAGCUACUACUACUGAGGAGAGUACAUCGACCACAAUUACUACAUCCACAGUAGAAGAAACAAGUACAGAAGCUACCAGUCCACCCCCUACCACAAUCACAGUAGCUCCGACUACAGUAACAGCUGCCACUACUACUGAAACUACCAGUACUAUAGCACCAAUGACGACUGAAGUGACAACAUCUACAGAAGCUCCAUCCACGGUACCAGCUACUACUACUGAGGAGAGUACAUCUACCAUAAUUACAACAACCACAGUAGAGGAAACAAGUACAGAAGCUACCACUCCACCCUCGACUACAAUCACAGUAGCUCCGACUACAGUAAUAGCUGCCACUACUACUGAAACUACCAGUACCAUAGUACCAACGACGGCUGAAGUGAUAACGACAUCUACAGAAGCUACAUCCACGGUACCAGCCACUACUACUGAGGAGAGUACAUCUACCAUAAUUACAACAACCACAGUAGAGGAAACAAGUACAGAAGCUACCACUCCACCCUCGACUACAAUCACAGUAGCUCCGACUACAGUAAUAGCUGCCACUACUACUGAAACUACCAGUACGAUAGCACCAACGACGACUACUACUACUGAGGAGAGUACAUCUACCAUAAUUACUACAACUACGGUAGAGGAAACAAGUACAGAAGCUACCACUCCACCCCCUACUACAAUCACAGUAGCUCCGACUACAGUAAUAGCUACCACUACUACUGAAACUACCAGUACUAUAGCACCAACGACGACUGAAGUGACAACGACAUCUACAGAAGCUCCAUCCACGGUACCACCUACUACUACUGAGGAGAGUACAUCGACCACUAUUACUACAUCCACAGUAGAAGAAACAAGUACAGAAGCUACCAUUCCACCCCCUACCACAAUCACAGUAGCUCCGACUACAGUAACAGCUGCCACUACUACUGAAACUACCAGUACUAUAGCACCAAUGACGACUGAAGUGACAACAUCUACAGAAGCUCCAUCCACGGUACCAGCUACUACUACUGAGGAGAGUACAUCGACCACAAUUACUACAUCCACAGUAGUGGGAACAAGUACAGAAGCUACCAGUCCACCCCCUGCCACCGUCACCGGAGCUCCGACUACAGUAGUGGCUACUUCUGCUACUGAAACUACCAGUACCAUACCACCAACGACGACUGAAGUGAGAACGGCAAAAUCUACAGAAGCUCCAUCCACGGUACCAGCUACUACUACUGAGGAGAGUACAUCUACCAUAAUUACUACAACUACGGUAGAGGAAACAAGUACAGAAGCUACCACUCCACCCCCUACUACAAUCACAGUAGCUCCGACUACAGUAAUAGCUACCACUACUACUGAAACUACCAGUACUAUAGCACCAACGACGACUGAAGUGACAACGACAUCUACAGAAGCUCCAUCCACGGUACCAGCUACUACUACUGAGGAGAGUACAUCUACCAUAAUUACUACAACUACGGUAGAGGAAACAAGUACAGAAGCUACCACUCCACCCCCUACUACAAUCACAGUAGCUCCGACUACAGUAAUAGCUACCACUACUACUGAAACUACCAGUACGAUAGCACCAACGACGACUGAAGUGACAACGACAUCUACAGAAGCUCCAUCCACGGUACCAGCUACUACUACUGAGGAGAGUACAUCGACCACAAUUACUACAUCCACAGUAGAAGAAACAAGUACAGAAGCUACCAUUCCACCCCCUACCACAAUCACAGUAGCUCCGACUACAGUAACAGCUGCCAUUACUACUGAAACUACCAGUACUAUAGCACCAAUGACGACUGAAGUGACAACAUCUACAGAAGCUCCAUCCACGGUACCAACUACUACUACUGAGGAGAGUACAUCGACCACAAUUACUACAUCCACAGUAGAAGAAACAAGUACAGAAGCUACCAUUCCACCCCCUACCACAAUCACAGUAGCUCCGACUACAGUAACAGCUGCCAUUACUACUGAAACUACCAGUACCAUACCACCAACGACGACUGAAGUGAGAACGGCAAAAUCUACAGAAGCUCCAUCCACGGUACCAGCUACUACUACUGAGGAGAGUACAUCUACCAUAAUUACAACAACCACAGUAGAGGAAACAAGUACAGAAGCUACCAUUCCACCCCCUACCACAAUCACAGUAGCUCCGACUACAGUAACAGCUGCCAUUACUACUGAAACUACCAGUACUAUAGCACCAAUGACGACUGAAGUGACAACAUCUACAGAAGCUCCAUCCACGGUACCAGCUACUACUACUGAGGAGAGUACAUCUACCAUAAUUACAACAACCACAGUAGAGGAAACAAGUACAGAAGCUACCACUCCACCCUCGACUACAAUCACAGUAGGUCCGACUACAGUAAUAGCUGCCACUACUACUGAAACUACCAGUACGAUAGCACCAACGACGACUGAAGUGACAACGACAUCUACAGAAGCUCCAUCCACGGUACUAGCUACCACUACUGAGGAGAGUACAUCUACCAUAAUUACAACAAUCACAGUAGAGGAAACAAGUACAGAAGCUACCACUCCACCCUCGACUACAAUCACAGUAGCUCCGACUACAGUAAUAGCUGCCACUACUACUGAAACUACCAGUACGAUAGCACCAACGACGACUGAAGUGACAACGACAUCUACAGAAGCUCCAUCCACGGUACCAGCUACUACUACUGAGGAGAGUACAUCGACCACAAUUACUACAUCCACAGUAGAAGAAACAAGUACAGAAGCUACCAUUCCACCCCCUACCACAAUCACAGUAGCUCCGACUACAGUAACAGCUGCCAUUACUACUGAAACUACCAGUACUAUAGCACCAAUGACGACUGAAGUGACAACAUCUACAGAAGCUCCAUCCACGGUACCAGCUACUACUACUGAGGAGAGUACAUCUACCAUAAUUACAACAACCACAGUAGAGGAAACAAGUACGGAAGCUACCACUCCACCCCCUACUACAUUCACAGUAGCUCCGACUACAGUAAUAGCUGCCACUACUACUGAAACUACCAGUACCAUAGUACCAACGACGGCUGAAGUGAUAACGACAUCUACAGAAGCUACAUCCACGGUACCAGCCACUACUACUGAGGAGAGUACAUCUACCAUAAUUACAACAACCACAGUAGAGGAAACAAGUACAGAAGCUACCACUCCACCCUCGACUACAAUCACAGUAGCUCCGACUACAGUAAUAGCUGCCACUACUACUGAAACUACCAGUACGAUAGCACCAACGACGACUGAAGUGACAACGACAUCUACAGAAGCUCCAUCCACGGUACCAGCUACUACUACUGAGGAGAGUACAUCGACCACAAUUACUACAUCCACAGUAGAAGAAACAAGUACAGAAGCUACCAUUCCACCCCCUACCACAAUCACAGUAGCUCCGACUACAGUAACAGCUGCCAUUACUACUGAAACUACCAGUACUAUAGCACCAAUGACGACUGAAGUGACAACAUCUACAGAAGCUCCAUCCACGGUACCAGCUACUACUACUGAGGAGAGUACAUCUACCAUAAUUACAACAACCACAGUAGAGGAAACAAGUACGGAAGCUACCACUCCACCCCCUACUACAUUCACAGUAGCUCCGACUACAGUAAUAGCUGCCACUACUACUGAAACUACCAGUACGAUAGCACCAACGACGAGUGAAGUGACAACGACAUCUACAGAAGCUCCAUCCACGGUACCAGCUACUACUACUGAGGAGAGUACAUCUACCAUAAUUACAACAACUACGGUAGAGGAAACAAGUACAGAAGCUACCACCCCACCCUCGACUACAAUCACAGUAGCUCCGACUACAGUAAUAGCUGCCACUACUACUGAAACUACCAGUACGAUAGCACCAACGACGACUGAAGUGACAACGACAUCUACAGAAGCUCCAUCCACGGUACCAGCUACUACUACUGAGGAGAGUACAUCUACCAUAAUUACAACAACCACAGUAGAGGAAACAAGUACAGAAGCUACCACUCCACCCUCGACUACAAUCACAGUAGCUCCGACUACAGUAAUAGCUGCCACUACUACUGAAACUACCAGUACGAUAGCACCAACGACGAGUGAAGUGACAACGACAUCUACAGAAGCUCCAUCCACGGUACCAGCUACUACUACUGAGGAGAGUACAUCUACCAUAAUUACAACAACCACAGUAGAGGAAACAAGUACAGAAGCUACCACUCCACCCUCGACUACAAUCACAGUAGGUCCGACUACAGUAAUAGCUGCCACUACUACUGAAACUACCAGUACGAUAGCACCAACGACGACUGAAGUGACAACGACAUCUACAGAAGCUCCAUCCACGGUACCAGCUACUACUACUGAGGAGAGUACAUCGACCAUAAUUACUACAUCCACUGUAGAAGAAACAAGUACAGAAGCUACCAUUCCACCCCCUUCGACAAUCACAGUAGUUCCGACUACAGUAGUAGCUGUUACGACUACUACUGAAACUCCCAGUACCAUAGCACCAGAAGAGUCAAGCACAGAAUCUACUAUAUCACCCACUACCCCUUCCACAAUAACUCCGUCGUCAGUAGUAUCAAUCACUACUGUGGAAAUCAUAACUACUGUAGCAGCAACACCUGAAGUGGUAACUACGGAACCCACGGAAACUUCUAUGACAUUCACAGAAAGUACAUCCACAGUGCAUGCAACAACUACGAUGGCACCUACUACUAUAGCGACAGUAUCUCCAACAACUCUACCAGUGAUCCCUACUGAAGAAACAACAAGACUAGCCUUACCCACCUUAACUGAAUUAAUCACGACAGAAUCUACGAUGCGUAUUACUAUCACACCUGUAGAAGUUCCAACUUCAAUCCCAGUAGCUACUAUCGCAGAAAUUACAACUACCAUGAUUAUGACCACCAUAAUAGAAGAAAUUACUACAGAAUCUCCUAUUCUGCCCACUACACCAUCUGCAGUAUUUCCAACAGCAGUAACUGCUACCACUGCUAAAGAAUUAGUAUCUACUACCGUAGCAAUAACUACUGGAACCGAAAUUGUUACGACAGAAUGGACAAUGUCUCUUGCAACUACAGCAACAGAACCUUCAACCACUACUGAAGAAAGUACAACUAUCACGAUUGUUACAGCUACAACAGAGGAGGCUACGACGGAAUUUAUUGUUCCACCUAUUGUCACGUCUACAGUAUCUCCAAGUAUAAUAUUAACAACACCAAUGGUUGCAUUAUUCACAGAGUUUACUGGAACUUCUUCUGAAACUCUCAUUGAAAGUGUACCUACCACCAUCUCAACAACCGCGUUGGUAACAACAGCCAGUGAAGUUUUGGUCACUCCUUUGAAAACAAUGACUGUUAUGACAACAACGGAAUUUACUUCAAGUACAUCAACACCAUCAACAGAAACAUUAGAACUUACAACAGAACUAUUUACUACUACUACUAGCAUUCAUUUAUUACCAACCACUACUACUUUCUUUGUACCGCUGACAACCUUUACAACUUUACAAAUGACUACAUGGCGGGCCACACCUAAAACAGUCAGGAUAUCAACAUUAAAAACAACUACACCUUUCAAAGAAGAAAUAACAGAAUAUCUUGAAAUGACAGAAACAUUUCAUGAUAUAGAAUUAGAAAAGGAAUAUGAAGAAGAAUAUGAAGAAGAAGUAACUACUACAGAAUAUCCAACAUGGUAUGACUAUGAAGAAGAAACAACUACUACUAAAUUCAUACCAGAAAGAACUACAAAGUCCACUUCACCUAAGAAAAUUACAAAGACUACGAAAUCAAGUACCAAAAGAACAACCUUGACGAGUGUAAAAUAUACGACUGCUGUUAUUUCAUCCAUGCCAACUACAGAAAUCAGAGAAAUAACAACUGAAUCACCAUUCGUUAGUACUGAAACAACAGAACCUGCAACAGAAUUUGCAACUACGGAAUCUACAUCAAUUAAUAUAACUACUGAAACAACUCUAUCUAUGGAAGUUGAGGUUGCUUCAUCGUUACUAACUACAGGAAUAACAGAAGCAACGUCCCCAUCGAUUCUUACCGAAGCAACCGAAUCUACAACUAAAUCUAUAACUACAGAACCUUGGCUAGCUAAUCUAACAACUGAAACGACCGAAACAGUUACAUCUCUCGAGGCUGUAGUUACUUUGUCUAUACCAGUUACAAAAAUUACAGAAGAAACUACAGAAUCUACAACCGAGCUAACAACUACAACUACAGAGUCCUUACCAAGUGUCCUAACUACUGAACCGACUGAAAUAACUGCAUCUCUAACAGCUAGUGUUUCUUAUCCGUUACUAACUACAGAAAUAAUAGAAAUAACAACUGAAACUAUAACUACAGAAUCUUUGCCAACCAGUGAAACGUUCGAAACCACUGAACCAACUACAUUUGUCGUCGCUGAAAUUACUUCACCAAUAUUAGUUACGGAAACCACAGAAUUAACUACAGUGCUUACUGAAACAACCGAAUCUACAACUGAAUCUGUAACAACAGAAUUUUCACUAACUAGUGUAACCACUGAAACAACUGCAUCCGUUGCAGUUGAGAUUAUUUCUGAGACACCUACUACGGAAAUUACAGAAAUAACUUCAGAACGUAUUGAAACAACCGCUUCUAUAACUGAAUCUGUAACAACAGAAUCUUUACCAACUAAUGCGACCACUGAAACAACUGUAUCCGUCGAAGUCGAGGUUACUUCUGAGACACCUACUACGGAAAUCACAGAAAUAACUUCAGUACUUACCGAAAUAACAGAAUCUACAACUGAAUCUGUAACAACAGAAUUUUUACCAACUAGUUUAACCACUGAAACAACUGCAUCCGUUGCAGUUGAGAUUAUUUCUGAGACACCUACUACGGAAAUUACAGAAAUAACUUCAGUACUUACCGAAACAACAGAAUCUACAACUGAAUCUGUAACAACAGAAUCUUUACCAACUAAUGUGACCACUGAAACAACUGUAUCCGUCGAAGUCGAGGUUACUUCUGAGACACCUACUACGGAAAUCACAGAAGUAACUUCAGUACUUACCGAAAUAACAGAAUCUACAACUGAAUCUGUAACAACAGAAUCUUUACCAAUUAGUGUAACCACUGAAACAACUGCAUCCGUUGCAGUUGAGAGUAUUUCUGAGAUACCUACUACAGAAAUAAUAGAAAUAACAACUGAAACUAUAACUACAGAAUCGUUGCCAACCAGUGAAACGUUCGAAACCACUGAACCAACUACAUUUAUCGAAGGUAAAGUUACUUCACCGAUGUUAAUUACGGAAACCACAGAAUUAACUAUAGUGCUUACUGAAACAACAGAAUCUACAACUGAAUCUGUAACAACAGAAUCUUUACCAACUAAUGCGACCACUGAAACAACUGUAUCCGUUGAAGUCGAGGUUACUUCUGAGACACCUCUUACGGAAAUCACAGAAAUAACUUCAGUACUUACCGAAACAACAGAAUCUACAACUGAAUCUGUAACAACAGAAUCUUUACCAGCUAAUGCAACGACUGAAACAACUGUGCCUCUCAGAACUUUGGUUAGUUCACCGUUACCAGUAACGGAGCUCACAGAAGUAACAACAGAAUCUUCAUCUGCCGGCAUUGAAACCGCAGCAUUUACGACUGAGUUUACAAGUGAAAGCACAGAGAGUUUAUCUACUAGUCCCAUUACUGAAACAACGGAAACAACGAUGUCUAUCGAAGCAGAAGUUAGUCCACUAUCAACAACCACAAAAAGUACAGAAAUAGCAACAGAAUCUUUAUUUACUGCUGCUGAAACAUCAGAAUCAACACCCAUUGAAACAACAGCAACAACGUUGUCUUCCGAAACAGUCGCUUCAUCAUUCCAGACUACCGAGCUCUCGGAAAUAACUACAGAAUCUCCAUCAGUUACAACUGAAGCAACAAAAUCUACGCCAGAAUUUGUAACUACAACUACGGAGUUUAUUUUUACUAAUCUAACCAUAGAAACAACUGAAACAACUCUGCCUACAAUAGAAAACAUUACUCUACCGUUACCAACAAUAGAAAUCACAGAAGAAUCUACCGAAUUCAAAACAACUGUACCUACAGUGGAGCUAAUGAAUAUAACUGCAGAAACCUUACCUACUUAUAUUACCACUGAAACAACUGAAACAACACGUACAUCUUUAGAGAUAGUAUUAAUCACUAUCCCUGUACCUGAAAAAGUUACCACAAUUUCUGUUGUUACAUUUGUAAACGAAACUGUAACUUCCGCAACAGAACUGCCAUCAACAAUUUCUAUAACAACAACAUUUCCUUUAGUUAAUUUGACCACAGAAUUUACCAGCCUCAGUGACAACAAAAUUGUUUGGAACAAGCACGUCAGCUGCAGAGAUAUCAACUGUCGAGACAACUGA